AUGAACUGGAAGCUCAGCUAACGAGAUGCAGUCGCCCAAGCUAACUUUGCUGCUGCUGACGCUGUGCUUAGGCGCUAGGGGCAUUUGGAGUAAGCCCAGUUUGGAGAUAUUUAAUGACAUAUGGGACGAUCUGAAAGACGGCGGCAAUAGUAUUAUCGAAGGACUAAGGGAUGCCACUCGGGAUGGCGCUGCCAUUGAUAAGGACCUUCUGGACCGACUGGAUAAAGCGAAUGAAAACUUCUUAGCGGAUGCAUCGCAGCUAGGGGAAGAUCUAUCCAAUGGAAUAUCGGAAUCGUUAACGACAGGCAUUAAAGACUUAUCGCAAAGCCUGACUUCCAGUAUUACGAGGUUCAAAAGAGACGUUGCUUCUGAAAAGAACCCUAUAAAGCGUAAGGCACUGAGCAGUGGACUGGAACUGCUUGAGCAGCUCAACUCAGAAGCCACUGAACUGGAGCUCUUCGAUAUAAAUCAGAAGCUAGCCAAGAAAGUAAACGAUCAACUAGGUGAAAUACCGAACGAUGUGCUAAGCUGGAGUAAGGAACAACUGGAUCGUGUGGAAAAAGCUUCCGAUGAAAUUGGUCUGAAGCAAGCGCAAGACAUUAUAACAAAGUUCAUAUCAAGCGUCUCUGAGGACCUAAAUGCCGUACUGGUGGAGCUCGAUGUUAAAAAAUCAUUGUAUGAACAAAAGUUGAACGACAAAAUCCACGAAUACAGCGAAUUCGCCAAUAAACUUAUUGAGGACAUGAACAGUUGCAGUCGUUUCAGCAUCUUUAGAUGCAGAUCACUGAUUGAGGAAUCGAUAGAGAAUCUACGUGACGCCAAAACUGAGUUGCUGAAUUUACGGAAGGAAGGCAACAAUUUGGUCGAAGCGGGAAUAAAAGCUACAGUAUCCAACGAAUCGUUCUUCAAAAAGUUGGCCGAGAAUAAACUUAAAUUCGAGAAGGAUCUUGUUGGCAUCAUUAGCCAAAAUCCAAGCAGACCUGAUGCUAACGGAGGCUCGUCCGGAGCCAAUGAAGAAUCAUCUGGAGCAUCCAAUGGAGAAUCAUCUGGAGCAUCCAAUGGAGAAUCAUCUGGAGCAUCCAAUGGAGAAUCAUCUGGAGCAUCGAAUGGAGCAUCAUCUGGAGCAUUCAAUGGAGAAUCAUCUGGAGCAUCCAAUGAAGGAUCAUCUGGAGCAUCCAAUGGAGAAUCAUCUGGAGCAUCCAAUGAAGGAUCAUCUGGAGCAUCCAAUGGAGCAUCAUCUGGAGCAUCCAAUGAAGCAUCAUCUGGAGCAUUCAAUGGAGAAUCAUCUGGAGCAUCCAAUGAAGGAUCAUCUGGAGCAUCCAAUGGAGAAUCAUCUGGAGCAUCCAAUGGAGCAUCAUCUGGAGCGUCCAAUGAAGGAUCAUCUGGAGCAUCCAAUGGAGCAUCAUCUGGAGCAUCCAAUGAAGCAUCAUCUGGAGCAUCCAAUGGAGAAUCAUCUGGAGCAUCCAAUGGAGAAUCAUCUGGAUAUGUGAUUAAAUGAAAGCAUAAUCGAUUAUUUCUAAAAGUAAUCCAGAAAAUCGGGUGCUACUGUUACGGAAAAGAGAGAUAGAGAGGCAGAUUCAAGAUUAUUUUCUUUGCUGUUCAAUUUACAAUAUGUAACAUCUUAAAUAACUAUAAAAACGCAUUUGAUUAGCUACCAAUCGUUUUCCAGCGAUUAAUUAGAACUUGAUUCAAUAAUACCUACGACAACUAUAUGUAUAAUUUCUAUUGCUCUCACUGAAUACUGCAGAUUUCUCAUAUACAUUUA